AUGUGCUUAUUGAUGUUAUUAAUAGAAGACCUAUAUCUAUGGUAACAAUAACAAUAACAAUCAAGUUAGGUUGGAGAGAAACAGGAAUAUACUUAAUAUAAUAUUUUAUAAUUAGAUUUAAAUUAUCGAUAACUUAAAUUUAAGGGGGUGGAUCAGAUAAUUGAAUAAAUUUAUUGUUACCUCACUAUUUAUACGAAAAUUCUAAAAGAAAAAUAGUUAAAUAAAAUUCAGAGGGAAUAACUUUAAAAUUUCCACAUGAAAUUGUUAUCAAUUGAAUAAAGCGAACCUUAAUAAAAUGAAUGUUAGACAAAGAACUAACAAUCUGAGGGAAAACCAUUACCAAACAAUAAUGAUUAAUAAUUGUAGAUGGAAGAGAACAUUAGUGGGUUGUAAUUUCUUAACACAUCAAAUGCAGAAAACAUUGAUUUAAUCUGGUUAGUGGAGGUUAUCAAAAGAUAGAAGGCCUUAGAAAAGGUCUCAAAAGCGAAGGUAUAAAUUAAAUCAUAAUUAAAUCAGAAAAUAAAAAAGUUCUAACUGAAAUUAAAAAGAAAAUAACCAACCACAUAAAUGAGAUUGGUUAAAAAAAUAGCCAUGUAAGAGAUUUUCAAAAUACUAUAAAAUGAAUGA